AUGCCGGGUGAAAAACAUGAAAAGAAGAAAGAGAAAGCUACCCCGGAGGAGAAUUCAGGCUGUCCAUUGGCACCAGUUGUGUUCAUGUUCCCAAAUGGAGACAGAUAUGAAGGUGAAUCCAUUGUUGUUGAUGGUGACUCAGUGGAGCGAUCGGGUAUAGGCACACACAUCACAUCAACUGGAAUCAUCUACCAAGGCUCAUGGGAUAAGGACAGAAUGAAUGGCAAAGGGAAACUGGAACAUCCUUCAGGUGCCUCAUAUGAAGGAGAUUUUCUGAACAAUAUGUUUCAUGGGCAGGGAAAAUACACAUGGCCAGAUGGGUCAUUUUAUGAAGGCCAAUUUGUAGAAAACAGACUUGAAGGUGAAGGAACAUACACAGACACAGAGGGACAAGUUUGGUUUGGCACUUUCCACUACAAGACAGCGCCUGGUCUUAAAUUUAAGCUGUCCAUGGACUAA